GCGCUACCCUUAUCCAUCCGCCCAGCCCACCUUCAACUCCUACCUACCGACAAACAACCUACAGUACACCAUAACAAAACCCCAGAAUCUUUCUCAAAAUGCGCCUCCCCUACGCCCCCUCAACCCCACCAGCCGGCUCCCCCACCAAAGUCGGCGAAAUCUACGCCCGCAUCGCGGCGCGCCGCUCUCCGCGCCCGCUCAUCCCGCUCGACCUCUCCCUGCUGCACUCGCCCCCCGUCGCCGAUGGCUGGAACAGUUUUCUAGGCGCGAUCCGCACGGAGACCGUGAUCGACCAGGGGCUGCUGGAGCUAGCCGUGUGUCGCGUGGCGGUGCUGACGGGCGCCGUGUACGAGUGGAACGCGCACGCGCCGCUCGCGCUGAAGGGCGGGGUGCAGGCGGCGGAGCUGCAGGCCGUGCGGGAGUUGGCCUCCACGGCGGAGGAGGAUUCCCCGCCGGAGGCGCUCCGGGGAAGUGCGCUGAGUGGAAGGCAGCAGGCCGUUCUCAAGUAUGCGGAUGAGAUGACACUGCGGGUUUCGGUGAGGGAGGGGACGUUUGCGGCGCUGCGGGCGGAAGGGGCGGGCGGGUUGAGUGAUCGCGAGGUGGUGGAGUUGACGACGGGGGUGGCGGGGUAUAAUUGUGUGAGUCGGGUGUUGGUGGCGUUGGAUGUGGGGGAGAAUAAUGGGAGGGAGAUGAAGAGUGUGGAGGAGUUGGUGGAAGGGUUGAAGAAUUAGAUUUCUUGUUGGGACAUGCUUGGUUUUUUAUUUGGUGAUCGGGGUGGUGGUGGAUGGGAGGGAGGGAUGUAUAUAUGUGGCUUGGAUGAAAAUAUGAUUCAUGUUUGUUUCUAGCACCUGAGUUGGUAGCUCGACUGAUACUGUUGUUGUGAGUGUUUGUGUUGCUUAUACAGUUUACGUACAGACAGUAUCUCAGAAUGGCAGAGGGUAUGGAUGCUA